AUGAAAUGUCCUGAUGUAAAUGUGAGUUCCUCCUCACAUUUACAAGAAUUCAUUGUAUUUCUUAAUACUUCGGAGUCUACACAUAAAUCAAUGAAAAAAGCUCACUUUAAGAUGCUUAAUACAUGCUUAGGACAUAAGGUAGAAAAGGUAACGUCCAUCACAUCAAAAAACGGAAUGGUCAAAAGAUGUGAUAAAAAUAUAAUCAGAGAUUUUUCUGUUGAUGGAAGUUUUGCUGCAUACACCGGAUUUUUUGAUAAAACAUUCGUCAAUUACUUGAGCAAUUUGAAUGAUGUGGAAUUUGUUGAAAAAGUUACAAAAGUACACAUUUCUAAAACUACUACCCAGACAAAUGCACCUUUCAAUCUUGAUCGCAUUGAUCAAGCCAAUUUUCCAUUAGACAAAAAUUACAAAUUCCCAUCUGAAGCCGGUUGCUUAGUGAAUGUUUACGUAAUUGAUACUGGGAUCGAUACUGAUAAUGUCGAAUUUGAAGGUAGAGCAGUAUUUGGGGGUGUUUUUUGCGACGGUUGUGCAAAAAAGGAUGAUAAUGGACACGGAACUAAUGUGGCAGGAAUAAUCGGUGGAAAAGUUUUUGGUGUCGCUAAGAAGACCCAACUUAUUUCUGUCCGAGUAUUAGAUAGAAUUGGAGCAGGUACCACCACGACAGUGAGUGCGGGAAUUGCGUUCGUCCUCGACCGACACAAGAAGAGUAAAAAUAAAAACACGGUCAUAAACAUAUCCAUUGGUGGAAGGCUUUCUCAAACAAUUAAUAGAUUAAUUGAAGAAUGUACAAAAGCUGGUAUCCAUGUGGUGGUUUCGUCCGGAAAUGAUUCGGAAGAUGCAUGCAACACUUCACCAGCCUCGGCCCCAUCAGCAAUUACCGUAGGAGCCACGGAGAAAUCCUCAAAUAAUGUUACCGAUUUUUCUAAUACUGGCUCUUGUUUAGAUAUUUUUGCGCCAGGAAGAGAUAUUCUUGCGGCCGGUCUCGGAAGGUCCAAACUGUUAUUACUUACGGGCACGAGUCAGGCAUCUCCGCAUGUCGCCGGCGUGCUGGCAUUAAUAAUUAGCAAAAACGGAAAUAUGAGUCCAUCAAUGAUGGCAAAAGAAUUGACGAGAAUCUCAACAAAAGGUAUCGUCAAAGGUUUAAAGUCAGACACGAUAAACUUAUUUUUGCGAGUUCCAAACUAG